AUGGCAUCAUCUUCAAAUUUCCAUUUCCCCAUCCACGGGGUCUCAAACGACCGCCUCAAGCUCGUGCCUUUCAACCCAGAGCAGCAUUGCGAAACUUUCUUCCGUCUAUCCUCGCCCCAUCCAGAGAUAUACUCGCACAUGCCCAUGCUACCACCACGCUCCGCAGCGGAGCUCAAAGCUCGCUUCUAUGACAACUCACCAGGAAACAUCCUCUCAUUCGCUAAUCCUGAGUCAUUUGCCUUCGCAAUUAUUGACAAGACUCGUCCUGCUGCUGUGGAUGAUGCAGAGGGUGAAUUGGCAGGCACGGUUAGCUUCAUCCAUGCCUCAUCUGCAAAUCUUUGCGCAGAGAUUGGCUUUAUUGUAAUCCUACCGCCGUACCAGCGGACCCAUGUGGCAACGCACGCGGUUGGACUUGCUCUGCAGCUUGCUUUGAAUUCUUCGGAGCAGGGUGGACUUGGAUUGUGUAGAGUUCAUUGGUCAGCGAACUCGGAGAAUUUCGCUAGUGUUAAACUUGCUGAGAGGAUGGGAUUUGUGCAGGUUGGGAUGAUUCCUUGGCAUAUGCGAUUUGUGAACGGCAAAGUGAAUGGGAAGGUUGGAAAUGGGAAGGAGCUUCCUCCUGGAAGUGAUUCUGAUGAUUUGUGGAGGGAUACGUUGAGUUUCAGUUUGGGGUGGGACAUGUGGAGGGAUGGUGCUAGAGAGAAAAUUGAGAAAGCGAUGGCUCGAUAG